AUGGAGGCUCCACAGGACUCCCCCACGCGUCUGUAUGCGCGACAAAGCAAUGCAGGUUCCAACCGCCAGGACGGAUCCUCUGUAUCGCAGCUCGUCUCCACCUUGAUUCCAGUCCUCGCGAUAUCCACUGUCAUCUUCAUAGCCUUCCUCAUCUUCCGCAAACGCCUCGCACGAGUAUACCAACCUCGCUCAUUCAUCGGUUCUUUGCGCAAUUGGCAGCGCUCCCCACGACAGACCGCUGGCCUGCUAGGAUGGCGUCGGGAGUACACUCAGCUCAAAGACGAGUUUGUGUUGGGACAUGCCUCGCUGGACAACUACCUAUGGCUUCGCUUCUUCAAAAUGCUGGCCAUGAUGUGCCUCAUCGGAUGCUUCAUCACCUGGCCAGUUCUGUUCCCGGUCAAUGCGACGGGCACAGCACCAAACAUCAACGGACUGGACAUAUUGUCCUUUAGUCACAUCACACCAGGCCCACGAUACUACGCCCAAGUGUUCGUCGCAUGGGCCUUCCUCUCAUGGGUCAUGUUCAUGAUCACCAAGGAGUCCAAAUUCUUCGUGCGUCUGAGGCAACGUUAUUUCCUUUCGCCGUACAUGUCCAGCCGCAUCUCAUCAAGGACCGUCCUGUUUGUGAACGUCCCGGAAGAGGCUCGCAAUGAGAACUAUCUCAGACAGGAAUAUGCAGGUGUGAAGAGCAUCUGGCUUGUCAACGUGCCCGAAGACCUCGCAGAGAAGGUUGACGAUCGGGACAAGGCUGCCGCAAAGUUGGAGACGGGCGAGAUCAAAAUGAUCCAGAACCACACCAAGCGUGAAAUGAAGCGGGAGAAGAAGGAGAAGAAAAAGGGCGUUGUAAAGGAGCGUUCCGACCCAGAGCAGGGCACACUCGUCGAGGUGGAGAAGAAGGACCGUCCGGCGCAUCGCCUACCCAAGCUCAAGUUCCUGCCUAUUGGCAAGAAAGUGGACACCGUGGACUGGUCACGAGCGGAAUUGCAGCGUCUUGCGCCUGAAGUCGCAAACGAGCAGUCCAGACUUCGCGGAGACCGCUCUCACGUGCAGGGAGCUUGCUUCAUUGAGUUUGAUACCGUACAGGCGGCCCAAACGGCAACAUUCCAGGCCACUCACAUCGACAAGAAGGACAAGGCGAAGCAGAAGAUGAAGAUGACGCCCAAGGAGCUUGGUACUCCACCCCAGGACGUAAUUUGGAAGAACACGAUCAAGUCUUUCGGGAAAGUCAAGCUCUUGAGUGCGGCUGGCACUGCAUUCGUCGCAUUCCUCUGCAUCUUUUGGUCGAUCCCCGUCGCUGCCAUUGGAGCCAUCUCGAACAUCAACUACCUCAUUGAUAAGGUUCCUUUCUUGAGCUUCAUCAAUUCCAUCCCUGACAAGAUUCUGGGUGUGGUCACCGGACUGCUACCCGCGGUCUUGCUGGCAGUUUUGAUGUUGCUGGUGCCCAUCGUCUGCAACAUCAUUGCCAGAAUGUUUGAGCCAACGGAAGGCGCCGUGCAGAUGAAGGUGCAAGGAUGGUAUUUCCCAUUCCAGGUCAUUCAGGUCUUCCUCGUCACCACUUUCGCUUCUGGAGCCGCAUCGGUCGCAACACAGAUCAUCAACGACCCUACAACAGCGGCCUCGCUUCUUGCGAACAACCUGCCCAAAGCGUCCAACUUCUACAUCUCCUACUUUAUCAUUUUCGGACUUAUGACGACUGCUAUGCAGUUUCUUAACCUUGUGCCGCUCCUUUUCGCCCUCUUUUUGGGUAAAAUACUCGACAAGACACCACGUAAACUGUUCAAUCGUUACGCCAACCUUGCCGGUCUGGGAUGGGGAGCGCUUUACCCAAAGUUUACCAACUUGGGCGUUGUUGCGCUGUCAUACUCCUCGAUCGCGCCACUCGUGCUGGGAUUCGCCACUGUUGGAUUCUUCCUACUUUACCUGGCAUUCCGUUACAACACUAUCUUCACCCUUGGUACAACUGCGUCCACGCGUGGUGAAUCUUACGCUCGCGCUCUACAGCAGCUUACCGUCGGUAUCUAUCUUUCCGAGGUCUGCUUGAUUGGUCUUUUGGCCAUCGGUGUCGCCUCCAGCAAACAGUCCAUUGGUCCAUUGGUCCUCAUGAUUGUGUUCCUUAUCGCAACCAUCGCUUGGCACAUUUGGCUGCGCCGUGGUCUCGACAAAAUGGAACUGGAUAUGCCUGGAAACAGCAUCAAUUCCACGGGGACAGCUACCAACUAUGGAUACGAUACUGAGAAGAACACGUCUAAUACUGGACAUCUUUCMAAGGAUGGCUACGAACAAACCUCUCAAACUCAGCCACACAUAGCCCGAGACGAAUACGACGAGGCAGGUGAUCAAUUACAACUUCAAAACACCCCAGCUGGAAAAGUGAGCAUGAUGGCCCGCCUCAAGGGCUACUUCACCGACAGCGCCGACGUCGCCGCACAGAAAGCCCUCGGUCACGUCGCACCUCAUCUCGGCUCCUCACCUCGAGCAUACACCCCGCAAGAACACGACGAAGCAUACCUUCACCCAGCCAUCAUUUCCGAGUGUCCGAUUGUAUGGAUUGCGAAGGACAAGUAUGGGAUUUCGCAGCAGGAGAUUCGGAAGACGACUGAGGCCGAUGGGUUCACUAUGACUGAUAAGGGUGCCAUUUUUAAUGAUAAGGGCAAGGUGGAAUGGAAGCAGGAUGAUUUGAGAGAGGCGCCGAUUUGGCGGGAUGAGCCGACGUAUUAG